CCCCAAAUUUCGCAGCCCCGAUCGCUACCUCAUUAAUUUAGACGUGUGAUCAGAAAUGGCGGAAAGAUUACUCGAUGUCGAGCUAUUUUUGUCUCCCAAAGCUCAUUAGGUGCGGAAGGGUGACGGUGAAAACACAGCACGCGCACGAGGGACGCGGCUCUUGUGUCUCGCGCCUUUGAGCUCAGGUUACCGCGAACGUCGCUCUGCGUCUGAACGCGUCCCAAAACACCCACUUCUGCGUUCUGGGGGAAAAAACACACUCCAUCGGACACUUCGAGGGACGAACUGCUUGAAAAUGUUGACCCUGUUGUCGGCUAUGUACUUGGUGUCCCGCACGGCUUCGGCGCAGGCCGAACCGAUCCGUGUGCUGGUGACUGGCGCAGCUGGACAGAUCGCUUAUUCUCUGCUCUACAGCAUCGCUAAAGGAGAUGUGUUCGGCAAGGACCAGCCAAUCAUCUUGGUGCUUCUGGAUAUCACUCCCAUGCUGCCUGUGCUGGAUGGGGUCGUCAUGGAGCUGCAGGAUUGUGCUCUUCCACUUCUGAGGGGUGAGGCAAAGAAGACCGUCAAGGUGCUAGUUGUGGGAAACCCAGCCAACACCAACUGUUUGAUCGCCUCCAAAUCAGCUCCCUCUAUUCCUAAGGAGAACUUCUCCUGCCUGACCCGUCUGGACCAUAACAGGGCCCGCUCUCAGGUGGCGAUACGUGUCGGUGUGCCCUCUGACAGUGUGAAGAAUGUGAUUAUCUGGGGAAAUCACUCCUCAACUCAGUACCCAGAUGUGCACCACGCUAUCGUGAACAAUCAUGGGAAGGAGAUGUCAGGUUUUGACGCAGUGAACGACGAAAGCUGGCUGAAGGGCGACUUUAUCACUACGGUGCAGCAGAGAGGUGCAGCUGUCAUCAAGGCCAGGAAGCUCUCCAGUGCAAUGUCUGCUGCCAAAGCCAUCUGUGACCACAUGAGGGACAUCUGGUUCGGCACUCCAGAUGGUGAGUGGGUGUCUAUGGGUAUCUACUCCACUGGUAAUUCCUAUGGAGUUCCUAAUGACCUCAUGUACUCCUUCCCUGUUAUGAUCAAGAACAAGACCUGGAAGGUGGUUGACGGACUCGCCAUCAAUGAUUUCUCCCGCGGUAAGAUGGAUGGCACCGCCGCUGAGCUGGUAGAGGAGAGAGACACAGCACUCACCUUCCUUGGAGCGUGACUUGAUGUCUCCACAACAAUGCGGCAGCCGUUAGACUCUUCAAAGUCCCCAAAUCCCCGACUGUAAAGUCCUGUAGAUAUCAUAGCUGACCGUGUGUGGAUAUUUAUGCCUCUUAACGUAUGCGUGUGUGCGUUACUUCACAAGAAACAUUUGCAAUGUAACUUCCUCUGCUUGGAGUGUCUGGCGCAACACCUGAAGAACAUUUCCAAUUAAAACCGUUACGCACAUAGUUGUCCUGACCAAAAUAAUGAUCAUCUGUCAUACAACAAUAAAAGACCAUGUGGGAAAUAAA